UUGCCGGAAGUGACGCAUACAUAGCUAAGACCAGGGGAACGUUUGACCUAAUCGCCUAGGUGACUAGAUCAGAGGCUGUGAUCCUCCAACUGCUAUGACCUGCACGAUCGAGAAGAUCUUGACAGACGCCAAGACCCUGCUGGAGAGGCUGCGGGAACACGAUGCGGCCGCUGAGUCGCUGGUGGAUCAGUCUGCGGCGCUGCACCGACGGGUAGCAGCCAUGCGGGAGACCGGGACUGCGCUUCCGGACCAGCAUCAAGAAGAUGCAUCCGACGUGAAGGAGAUGACCAAACAUAAACCUCACAUUCUGCUGUCCCAAGAGAACACACAAAUUAGAGACUUGCAACAGGAAAACAGAGAGCUGUGGGUUUCCUUGGAGGAACACCAGGAUGCUUUGGAACUCAUCAUGAGCAAAUACCGGAAACAGAUGUUACAGUUAAUGGUUGCUAAAAAAACAGUGGAUGCUGAACCAGUCCUGAAAGCUCAUCAGUCUCACUCUGCAGAAAUUGAAAGUCAAAUUGACAGAAUCUGUGAAAUGGGAGAAGUGAUGAGAAAAGCAGUUCAGGUGGAUGAUGACCAAUUUUGUAAGAUUCAGGAAAAACUAGCCCAAUUAGAGGCAGGCACUUACACCACUGAGCUAAAUCCCCAACCCAGUAAGAGGAAAAUAUUAUUAAGAAUUUGAAAAAUAGAAGAAAUAAUAGUAAAACCCAUGGGACUUUAAUCACAAACACUUGAAAAUAAAGAACUCCGAGAAUUAUUAUCCAUCAGCAGUGAGUCUCUUCACACCAGAAAGGAAAACUCAGUGGAUACUGCUUCCCAACCCAUCAAGUAAUUGAACUUAUGAGUGAUGCCUGGAGACUGCCUAUUAAGGAAGGAAGUUACUGUCUUUUCAUUUGUCCUUUCAGUGUCUUGCCUGAGAGUUUAGUGUUGAUUAAAGGUAUCAAAUGGCAGUUUAGAAUUCCUAGUCAGUAUCUACUGUCCACAAAACAAGUUUUUGGGUGUAUUAGAAUAUACAUGGAGUUUCACCAUUCCUUUCUCUAAGAGACUACCCUUUCCAUUUUUAUUUGUGAAGCCUUGAUUUAUAUAAACUAUAUUUUCAGUUCAUUUUUCUUUUUCACAUCUUUGAAACUUUAAAUAUUUUACUAUAAGCCAAUUAUUUUUAUUUUAUAUAAGAUUGUAAAAUGUACUUCUAACAAUUUUUUAAAAGAGAAUUAAGUUUUUAAAUCUAUUUGGCAUAAGCUGAAUUUUUUCCAUUUGACAAAAAUAGUAUGAUUCCCUAGAACUAAAUUGGCAGACUCUGAUUGUAAUGUCAUUCAUCUGGGCAGUUUUGAGUCUUUCUGGUGCUCAGAGUUGGCACUGUAUAGUCAGGUGUCUUUCACUCUGAAUUUGAGAGACCCUACUGCUACCGUAGUCCCACGGAUUGAAUUUGAAAACAAAUGGUAGUAUAAUCAUUAUAUCAGUCAAAAUACUGAGGAACUUGUCCUGUGUGUGUGUGCCACACGUGCAUGUAAUUCACAUGCCAGAAUAUUUAUUUGACUAAAUAUAAGUAGUCUUUGGCUGAGAGGUGUAGCUCAGUGGUAAAAUGCUUGCCUAGCAUGGACCAGGCCCUGGGUUCAGUCUCUAGCACCUCAAAAAAACAAAUAAUUUUCACUUACUAAGAAAUCUUCCAUUUAGGUAGUUUACCUAACUGUGAAGGGCAGAACAUAUCAUAGCUUUAUCUGCAGCAUAGUUCUUAGGUACACAUAUAUACAUAUACAUAUAACUUUUAUACUCAAAAGCCAACACUUCUUAAUGUUUCUUUACUAGCACUAAUAGGUAGCAUUUUUUUUUUUUUUUGAUCUGUUCUUUUGCAUGGAAGCAUUUUUAUUACCUAAAGAGAGUUACUAACAUAAUGUAUAGGCUAACAACAAAGCAAAAUUGAGAUUCAAAUGCUGGAUUGUGAACUAAGUUCACUUAACUCAUUCUUCUGUCUCAGUUACUCAUAUUAUAAAUUUAUAAAUUACAUACAGUUAUGCCAUCCAUUUGGGUUUUCUCAAGUAUUUGAAACAGUGGAUGCUAAACCUGUUAAUAGUUUCCAGUAACAUUACAUACCACACUGCAUGAGAGAAACACUGUGCUAAGGAGUUACUUGCUAGUGAUUUUUGUGCUGUAAAUUUCUUUUGUACUGUUCUAAUGAACUAAUUCCAGCUGAAACAACAAAAUCUCAGCAAGAUGUUGUAAAAGCAUCUGAUCCCUGCAGUACUGAACUUUGCUAGAGUAGUAGACAGUAGAAGACCUACAUCAUUUUUGAAAUUUUCAAUUUUCUAUUUGAUGUCCUGCAAAGAGUUCCCUAAAAAUACUUCCAUGCCCAAGUGAGAGCAUUUUUAUUUCAUUUCCUAAGAAUAAACAAAGUUACUCUAGCUAUUUGCCUUGAAGUAUGUCCUAAAUGCCCUAGGUUGUCCCCCAAGUCCAUUUAGGAGGCAAAUAUACUGUAUCAUUUAUCAGUCACUAUGACUAUCAGUCACUAUGGCAGGUGUCCUGUAAACUGAUAAAGUUAUUCAGUAAGAUGUAAUAGGGUGUCCCUUCACCUGCCAUAUGCUCCUUUAGAUCUCUUUAGGAAGUUCUUUUACAUCUCAAGUGUCAACAUAAAUUUGUAUGUUAACUUCUCCCUGGAAAAGCAAAAGCUUGAAAUAUGAGUAGAAAGAGCAAGUGAGAUGUGGUGAUGCACAUCUGUAAUCCUAGCACUUGGGAGUCUGAGGCAGGAGGAUCUCCAUGAGUUCAAGGCCAGCCUAAGCUACAUAGUAAGUUCAAGGCCAAUCUAAACUAUAUAGUGAGACCUGUCUCAAAAAAAAAAAUAUAAACAGCUCUCAAUGCCCUACAUCAUAUAAAUUUUAGCUGGUAUUAAUGCUGUGAAAGGUAAUAAGUAGUUACAAAAUUGAAUGGAGGAGGAAUAGUAAUUUCUCUUUUGUAUUGUGUAAAGGGAAUUGACUGGCAUGAAAAAAUUUUAGUAUGAAAUUAUUUCUAAUAAAAGGCUGUUUUUGAGAAUA